CUGAGUGUGACCUCUCGGGAGCACGGGAAGAAGAAGCGGAGCUCCCUCACGCUGUCUGAGGAGGACUGCAGCUGGCUAAUCGUCGCUCCCUCGUUGAUCAUGGCAGCCUCAAAGCCAGUCGAGCCGCAGUCCGGGACCGGACUUCCCCGCUGGCAGCUGGCGCUGCUCGUGGGGACUCCCAUCGUGCUGGGGGUCGGCGCGGUCUAUCUGUGGAACCGCAGCAGGACGAAGGCGAGGAAAGGCACCGGGGAGCGGAAAACUCCCGAAGGCAGCGCCAGCCCCGUGCAGGACCAGGACGGAGCAGGGAGGACCAGGGAGCAGGAAAACAUGAGCCCUCUGGAUCGGGCCCAGGCAGCAAAGAACAAAGGAAACAAGUAUUUCAAGGCCACGAAAUAUGAAAAUGCCAUCCAGUGCUACACAGAAGCCAUCGCUCUGUGCCCCACAGAACAGAAAUCGGACUUGUCCACAUUUUACCAGAACAGAGCGGCAGCCUAUGAACAGCAGAGUAAAUGGACAGAGGUGGUGCAGGACUGCUCUCAGGCUGUGGAGCUGAACCCGCGCUACGUCAAGGCUCUGUUCAGGAGGGCUAAAGCCCUGGAAAAACUGGACAACAAGAAAGAGUGUCUGGAAGACGUCACAGCUGUGUGCAUCCUUGAGGCUUUCCAGAAUCAGCAGAGCAUGCUCCUUGCAGACAAGGUACUCAAGCAGCUGGGCAAGGAGAAGGCCAAAGAGAAAUAUAAGAACCGUGAGCCGAUGAUGCCUUCCCCUCAGUUCAUCAAGUCUUACUUUAGCUCGUUCACCGAUGACAUUAUCUCACAGCCCCUGCAGAAGGGCGAGAAGAAAGAUGAAGACAAGGACAAAGAGGGCGAGGCUGCCGAGGUCACUGAAAGCUCCGGCUACCUGAAGGCAAAGCAGUACAUGGAGGAGGAAAACUACGACAAAAUCAUCAGUGAAUGCACCAAGGAGAUCGAGUCAGGGGGCCGAUACACUGCAGAAGCCCUGCUGCUGCGCGCUACUUUUUACCUCCUGAUAGGAAAUGCUACUGCUGCUCAGCCCGAUCUGGAUCGGGUCAUCAACAUGCAGGAGGCCAGUGUGAAGCUCCGGGCCAAUGCUUUGAUCAAGCGUGGAAGCAUGUAUAUGCAGCAGCAGCAGCCUCUGCUGUCGACGCAAGACUUCAAUAUGGCAGCCGAGAUCGACACGCGCAACCCGGACGUGUAUCACCAUAGGGGUCAGCUGAAGAUCCUGUUGGACCAGGUGGAUGAGGCAGUGGGAGACUUCGACGAGUGCAUUCUGCUCAGGCCAGACUCUGCCCUGGCCCAGGCACAGAAAUGCUUUGCCCUUUACAGACAAGCAUAUACUGGAAACAACCCAUCACAGGUACAGACGGCCAUGGACGGCUUUGAGGAUGUUAUUCGGAGGUUUCCGAAAUGCGCUGAAGGCUACGCUCUGUACGCCCAGGCUUUGACUGAUCAGCAGCAGUUUGGAAAAGCUGAUGAGAUGUACGACAAGUGUAUCGAACUGGAACCAGACAAUGCUACUACAUAUGUCCACAAGGGGUUGUUGCAGCUUCAGUGGAAACAGGACCUCGACUUGGGUCUGGAGCUCAUCAGCAAGGCGAUUGAAAUAGACAACAAAUGUGAUUUUGCCUAUGAAACUAUGGGAACUAUUGAAGUCCAGAGGGGCAAUUUGGACAAGGCAAUAGAGAUGUUCAACAAAGCAAUUAACCUAGCCAAGUCAGAAAUGGAGAUGGCCCAUUUGUACUCGCUAUGUGAUGCAGCAUACGCUCAAACAGAAGUGGCAAGGAAGUACGGCUUGAAACCCCCGACACUGUAACGCCGUCUGUUUUCCCCAGUCUCAGUCAUCUUUACCGAAUACGUU